GCGCGCAGAGCCGUCAUGGCGCUGUCGCGCGCGGAGCGCUGUCUCGCGCUGCUGCUGCGGCUGCUGUCGCGCGCCUGCCUCGCGCUGCUGGCGCUGCUGCCGCCGCCGCCGCGGGUGUGCCGCUCUCCGCGCGGCAGGUACCACCCGCGCCCCGGGGAGGGGGAGCGGGGACCCCGCGCCGCGGUGCAUCCGCGGCUGACGGCAGCGCCCGCUGUGCCCCGUGCCCAGGUGGCGUGCAUAGAGGUGGUGGAGGCGUACGUGGAGAGGAUCAAGGAGGUGAACCCCCUCAUCAAUGCCGUGGUUAAGGACAGGUUUGAGGAGGCCCUGCAGGAAGCCCGGCAGGUCGAUAAGCUGCUUUCGGAGGGUCCUGCCGAUGACUGCCUGGAGGAGAAGUUCCCCUUGUUGGGAGUUCCCAUCACCGUUAAGGAGGCCUUUUCUCUCUAUGGGAUGCCCAACACCUCUGGCUUGGUCAACCGCCGCAACGUGAUCGCCACCUUGGAUGCCACUGUGGUGUCACGGCUGAAGCAGGCAGGUGCCAUCCCGCUGGGUGUCACCAACUGCAGCGAGCUCUGCAUGUGGUACGAGUCCAGCAACAAGGUCUACGGGAGGACCAACAACCCCUACGACCUACAGAGGACUGUGGGCGGCAGCUCAGGUGGGGAGGGCAGUGUCCUGGCAGCCGCCUGCUCAGUGGUGGGUGUGGGCUCUGACAUCGGCGGCAGCAUCCGAAUGCCCGCCUUCUUCAAUGGAGUCUUUGGCCAUAAACCCACAACAGGGGUGGUGCCCAAUGACGGCCAGUUCCCAAACGCUCACGGGGUGCGGACCAGCUACCUGUGCACGGGGCCCAUGUGUCGCUACGCAGAGGACCUGGAGCCUGUGCUGAGAGUCAUGGCUGGUCCUGGGGUCAGCAAGCUGAAACUGAAUGAGAAGGUGUCGCUGGAGCAAAUCAAAUUCCACUGCAUGGAUCAUGAUGGUGGGUCCGUUUUUGUAUCACCUGUGGACAAGGAGAUCUUGCAGGCCCAAAAGAAGGUGGUGGAGCACCUCGAAAGUGACCUCGGGGUCCGGGUUCAGCAUGUGGCAAUCCACAAGAUGAAGUAUUCUUUCCAGAUCUGGUCAGCCAUGAUGUCAUCCAAGGACAGUGAGGGGCAGGAGGCACAAAGAUUCACGGACCUGCUGGGGGACCAUGGGAAGCCAGUGUGGCCGCUGUGGGAGCUGAUGAAGUGGCUCGUGGGGCUGUCUUCUCACACUCUCCCAGCUAUCGCCCUGGGACUGACAGAGAAGCUGGUGAACCUCAACCUCAGUGGGAAGGCCAAGCUGGUGAGCAUGGGGAAGAGCCUACAGGAGGAGAUGGAGGCACUGCUGGGGCCGGAUGGGGUGCUCCUCUACCCCUCACACCCCACCAUCGCCCCCAAGCACCACUCGCCCAUCUGCAUGCCCUUCAAUUUUGCCUACACAGCCAUCUUCAAUGUCCUGGGCCUGCCGGUGACACAGUGCCCACUGGGGCUGGGCAGCGAGGGGCUGCCGCUGGGCAUCCAGCUGGUGGCAGCCUCCUACAAUGACCACUUGACGCUGGCAGUGGCUCGGUACCUCGAGAAAGCCUUUGGAGGAUGGGUUUUGCCAGGGGAAGGUUAACCUUGGGAGGCAGGGACAGAGGCAGUGACAAGUGCUGAUGCUUGAUCCCAUCACAGCACUGUCUGCUCCCUCUGCAUCCCCCUGCACCCUGCUGGGAGUGGCUGGUGGUGCCUCCAGCGCGGGAACAGCUGGACCAUUGCACUGGAGUCCUCAUCCCUGUGGCACCCUCUGUCAGGGAGAGACCUGCCUUUCCCGAGUGCCUCAGGAGCCCCAGUGCUACAGUCUGAGGAUGCCCUGUCUGCAUCCUGUCUGCAGUGGGCACCCACCCACCUUUUCCGGGCCGUGGAGUUGGCCAGCUCUGUAACCCUUCUGCUUUCAAAGUGCUGAGUGAGAGUUGGGCAGAGGACGUGCUUCCAGAUUACUGGGGGCAGCAGUGCAGCAUCCUUCAGUGCUGCCUGGGCCCAUGGGGGUCUGCCUUGGCCUGACCCUGCCCACAGGGCUGGACUGUGCCUGCUGCACCCAGGCUUGCUAGCCCCCAGAGUCCUCCCAAGCUCCUGCAGGCUUCCCCCCACCCUCUGACCAAAAAGGGAGAGGGGUUGAGGGGGCUGGAGGAGCCAUAGGCCUGCCUCACCAACAGCGCUUUGUGGGGUGGUGGGUGCUGGGCUCUGCAGUGUGUGCAGCUGUCAGGCACAGCUGGGAGCAUUUCAGCACUUGUAUUCAGCAAGAUAUUAAAGAGCCUGUCCAGUCUACUAUG